UUGGGCUUUUAAAAUUAUCUUCCCUAUACUUUUCUGUAUUGUCUGAGUUUUUCUUUUUUUCCUUUUCUUUUUUAUUUUUCCAGUAAUGUACUGUACUGCUUUUAUCAUUUAAAGAAAAUUUGUUUUUGGUUGAGGGAGAAUCACCCAAAGAUGGUGUCACUGAAACUUUGGGAAGAGACCCCUCUGGCAGAGUAGGAGGUGCAGGUUCCGGUUAGUGAAAUCUUUGCUUUACUUGGCUUGUUACUUGCUCUGCCCAUGGUCUCUCACUUUUUGCUCAAGGACUUGAGCUCCACUCCCUCCUGAAUGAGGUCCUCACUUCUCCUCUAUAAAAUGCAGGUGAUUACAGGAGCACUCUCUAGUGAGGAUGCAUCAUGUGUGAGAAGUCUGGAGUACAGGACUGGAUCCUGCUCAGUUCAGAGUCCACAUUCAUAAACAUAGCACCUGCUGUUUGAUGCCAGUUUUGCCCUGAGUCACCCCUUUAAAGCUGUCAUCUAGCUAGCUUAGCCCAGAAGGUAGAAAAGCCAGUGGGAUGUUAGGACAGAUGAAACAACUCCAUGCAAUGUCCCAAAUCCAAUUCUAGCCUCUAGUAGUCAGAAAGAUAGGGACUCUGGACCUUCCCUGUGGCAGUUUAAGCUCUGGUAUUUCAUGGGUGCUUGGGGCCUGCUCCCAGGUUGGCCAGGGCUUUGGGAAACAGGGGGUUUCAGACAGGUGUCAGAUGUCUGUGUUCCCCGGGAGGGGCUAGUGGCUGCUUACCCUGUGAAAGCGCUCAGUGUGGGAUUAAUGACUAUCACAAUAAUGAUUAUUAUGCAUUGAUGGAGACACUUGGGUCCCUAGAAUCUCCUGCCUAGUCCAGGAUGGGGUUCAGCAUCAGUGCUGAAGAGGGGAUGGAGGAGGCCUUUCUGGGCAUAAGUGGACCCCCUGACCAUGCACAAAGCUGAGAAAACUUAACAGUCCCAUGCCUGGGCUGAGCCUCAGGGUCCCUGGGGUUUAGGGCUAGGGCACCUAGAACUGCCUCUCCUACAGAGGCCUGGGGAAGAAUCAGCAUCUCCAAUCAGGGCAGAUCCUGCAAAGCUGGUCCAGGGUAUCUGUUGUCACCAUUUCUUAUCCAGGAGUGGAGGCAGGACAUGCAGAGCUACCCAGCAUGGAUCCUGUAUCCUCUUUGAUGAAGGACUUAGAGCUCAGAGAAUGAAAUCUGACUGGACUCAUCUUCCCAGUCCUAGCCCAAUGCUCCUGGAAGCCUUCUAGCCUAAAAUUGUUGCUCACCCCUCUGGGCUACCACAGAUUUUGGACAAACCUCAGUCUCUGGUUUCAUUGCAACAUCUUAAGUCCUGGAGUUUGGUAAAUCUGUGUUUGGGUUCUGGCUUUGUCUGCUCUUUGCUAGCUUUGUGACCAUGAACAAGUGACUUCACCUCUCUGAACCUUGGUUUCCUUGCCUGGAAAGUGGACUAACAAUGUGUUUGACUUAUGUGAGAUGUGGUAGGUUAGACUCCUUGCCCUCACUCCCUGCCCCUCACUUGGCCUUUAGAGUCUGUUCUCUCUGCAGGGCUUUGCGGUUGCUGUGUCCUUGCCCCAAAGGACACUUGGAACCUUGCUGAGCUCUUGGAUGAAAUAGCUGCCUGGCUGUUGGGGUCCAGAGAAGGGCGGGGAUUAUCCAAGGCUGUCCCCCCGUAGGGCAGAGAGCCAGGGUACCACCUGCAGGGUGCUGGGGUGAGCCACCUGCUAUCCUUAGGGAGGGAAGUCAUGAAUAUUCAAACCUGCUAGAGUGGGAGGGAGCCAGCCAGUCUGCUGCUGGGUGUCAUUGGAGCAUUCCUGUCUCCCAGUGACCGCAGAGGCAGCCUGGGAGUCAGACGUGGCUCAGGCAGGGAGAGAAAAGGGACAGUCAGCCAUAGUUGCAGCCUGGAGGCUAUGAGGCUCAGGCUACACUGAGAUUGUCCUUGCACUUGGGGCUGCCAGCUGCCUGCAAACCUAUAUCCUGGAUUGGCAGGCAUAUAUCUUGAUGGGGCCAUGGCUGAGAACCCGGGGGCUUAAUAAUAGGAUAAGAACAAUGGUGGUAGGCCAUGCUCGGUGAGCGUCAGUCCUGUGCCAGGCCCAGGCUGAGCGUUUUCCUUGGAGAAAGCAGAGGAUCCUUACAGCACCGUGAUGGAGGGAGAGCUAGUAUAUGUUGAAAUGCUUAUCUGAAAUGCUUGGGACCAACAACAGAUUUUUAAAAUUUUGGAGUAGUUGCAUAUACAUAAUAAGAUAUCUUGGGGAAUGGGCCCCAAGUCUAAACAUGAAAUGCAUUUUUGUUUCUUCUAUACAAAGCCUGAAGGUAGUUUUAUUUUUCCCUUAAGGAUAUCGAAUAAACUGUAUGUUACAUGCCUGCAUUUUGAUUGUGACCCCGUCACACAAGAUCAGGCGUGGAAUUUUCCAAUGUGGCAUCAUGUCGGCACUCAAACAGUUUCUGACUCUGGAGCAUUUCAGAUUUCAGAUUUUUGGGGGAUACUCAACCUAUAUCAGCGUUUUGGAGCAGAAAUUGAGUCUCAGAGAAGGGUAUAGCUUUGCCUAGGAUACACAGCAAGGAAACUGUGGAGCUGGGAUUCAAAAUCAGAACUCUGGUGCCAAGGUGCUGGCUUUGUGUGGCACUCAUAUGUGUAACUCUUACACGUGUACUCUUGCACACGUAUGGCUCUCAUAUGUCCUCCAUGUUUCAAAUUUUUACUCCUGGGGGCUUUUACUUACAUGUAGUUCACACGGAUAAGCCCCACCUGUAGGUCUCACACAAGGGCUGUCUGCUAUGUGACUCUCAACCAGCAAGGUGUUGUCUGUCCCUAUCCACACUCUCUGCCCAAGCCUCACAGUCCUGGUCAUGUUCUGCCAUGAGGAUCGUGAGAGGUCAUUCAUCAAACAUUCACCAGGUGCCAAGCUCAGGAAUCUCAGGCAUGAGUCACCAUCAGCUUUCGUGCAGCUGAGCACAAGAGGGGACCUCUCCUGCGUGCCAGCAAACUGGGCGCUGGUCCAUAGUGAGGAUAAUAAUUAAUACAUAUUUAUCGCCUCUGGGAUAUGUGUGUACUUUUGUUAGCAUCUCACAGCCUCCGAUUUUCCCUCAAGCUAGGCUCCUGGUUGCUGGCAAGCCUCAGUCUGCCUAGGGGGUCUGCCUGCCAUGAUCCUAAUGUUGGAUAUCCAUUGUACACAUGAGGAAAUUGAGGCUCAGACAGGGGAGCUUCAUGCCCAAGUUCACAGAGGCCAGACCCUGCCCUGCUCCUAGGGGACAGAGUUCCUUGGCCACACCUCUGCCUUCUGUUCUGCAACUUUCACUGUGCACACUUCCCUUCUUUCCUAUGUGCUUGGGGCUGGUCAGGGGACACUUUAGGAAGGGGUUCCCAUGGACAAAGCAGAAAUCUGUGCAUUGGAGGUCAACAGACUUGGGCUUGAAUUCCUGCCCUGCCCCUGCUUUGCUGAGUGACUCUGAGCAAGUUAGGUCACCUCCUGGAGCCUCAGUUUCUCCCAUCUGAAAAAUGGGGGUGACAGUGGAGGUAGAGUGGUAUCUGCUCAGUGGUUGCUGAAUGGAGCCAGUUAGAUGCUCUGGAGAAGCCCCCACCCACAGACUGGAUUGUAACAGGAACUCAAAAAUGAAAUCAGAGGGUGGGAUGGCUCAAGACUAAGCAGCUGGUGCUGAUGUAGCACACAGCAGGGGUCUGGCAAGGUUUGAGAAGGCCCAAAUGCUAGGAGGAAGGAAUGAGUGAGUGAUGAGGGGGGUGGGGUCCUAUCCUGGGUGAAUCCAGGUGGAGCCUGAUUGGUGGUUAGGAGGCUGGUCUGCCCCCUGCUGUUGGUCCUCCACUCCAGAGCCUCCAUCAUUGCAGCCUCCCAGAGUUCCAGAAAACACCCUGGUGCCUGAGAUGCCGCUGCCGCAGAAGAAGCGCUGGGAGUCCAUGGCCAAGGGGCUGGUGCUGGGUGCUCUCUUCACCAGCUUCCUGCUGUUGCUCUACUCCUAUGCUGUGCCCCCGCUACACGCUGGCCUGGCCUCCACCAGAACCCCAGAGGCCACUGAGCCCUGCUCUCCUGCCCCCAGUGAGCCAGAGGCAUUGACUCCGUCCAAUGGCUCCGCCGCAGGGUGCCAGCCGCAGCGCGACAUCGUGUUCAUGAAGACGCACAAGACCGGCAGCAGCACUCUGCUCAACAUCCUCUUCCGCUUCGGCCAGAAGCACGGGCUCAAGUUCGCCUUCCCCAAUGGGCGCAACGACUUCGACUACCCGGCCUACUUCGCCCGCAGCCUGGUGCAGGACUACCGGCCCGGGGCCUGCUUCAACAUCAUCUGCAACCACAUGCGCUUCCACUAUGACGAGGUGCGCGGCCUGAUGCCUCCCAACGCCACCUUCAUCACAGUGCUCCGCGACCCUGCCCGCCUCUUCGAGUCCUCUUUCCACUACUUUGGGUCCGUGGUGCCCCUCACGUGGAAGCUCUCGGGCCGCGACAAGCUGGCGGAGUUCCUGCAGGACCCCGAUCGCUAUUACGACCCUAGCGGCUACAACGCGCACUACCUCCGGAACCUGCUCUUCUUUGACCUGGGCUACGACAGCGGACUGGACCCCGGGAGCCCGCGGGUGCAGGAGCACAUCUUGGAGGUGGAGCGCCGCUUCCACCUGGUGCUCCUGCAGGAGUACUUCGACGAGUCGCUGGUGCUGCUGAAGGACCUGCUGUGCUGGGAGCUGGAGGACGUGCUCUACUUCAAGCUUAACGCCCGGCGGGACUCGCCGGUGCCGCGCCUCUCGGGGGAGCUGUACCGGCGCGCCACCGCCUGGAACAUGCUGGACGCGCGCCUCUACCGCCACUUCAACGCCAGCUUCUGGCGCAAGGUGGAGGCCUUCGGGCGGGAGCGCAUGGCCCGCGAGGUGGCCGCCCUGCGCCAGGCCAACGAGCGAAUGCGGCGCAUCUGCAUCGACGGGGGCCGGGCCGUGGAUGCCGCCGCCAUCCAGGACUCGGCCAUGCAGCCCUGGCAGCCGCUGGGCACCAAGUCCAUCCUGGGCUACAACCUCAAGAAGAGCAUUGGGCAGCGGCACGCGCAGCUGUGCCGGCGUAUGCUUACGCCCGAGAUUCAAUACCUGAUGGAUCUCGGUGUCAACCUGUGGAUCACCAAGCUUUGGAAGCUCAUCCGGGAUUUUCUGCGGUGGUGACGUCCCCGCAGUCCAGGGCCCUGCCUUGCCCACUCCCUCUGGAGGGGCUGAGCAGGGACCCUCUGGUGCUGGCCUCCCUCUGCCCCUCUUGGUGCCACCUCGUAUGCCGGGGUGAGGUGGGGCUAUCAGGGGGAUGCAGCCAGCCAGGACUGGGCCCACAGCACAGAGAGGGCCUAACCGAGAUCAGUAUUUGACUAAUUAUACCAUUUUUUUUAUUAAGCCCCCUCUCUCCACAAAAAGAAUGUUCUAUUUCCUGCCUCCCCUUAAAGGAGAGACCUCAGAAGUAAAGGAAUUUGAUGUGGUGUUUUUGUUAA